AUGGCGAGGGUGGUUGGAUGGUUUCUAGCGAUCAUUGGGACGGUUUUGGGAGCUAGAGAAGCAUUGAUGGAUGACUACGGCGAGUUUCUGCCACACAUCCGGUUGGCCAAGGAUUUGAUGGAUCCGAGGAGGUACGACAGUCGUGUUCGUCCGGUCAUGAAUCAUUCCAAACCAACAACAGUCUCAUUUUCCAUGAGUUUGUACCAGAUUUUGUCGAUUAACGAAAAGCAGCAAAACGUUGACUUGAAUGUUUGGGCAAUUCAAAAAUGGAAUGACGAUUUUUUGGGAUGGAAUCCGUAUUUAUACGGAAUGAUUAACACAACCAUAUUGCCAUUUGACGCGAUUUGGUUACCGGAUACGUAUCUUUAUAACAGGCAAUACGUUGUCAUGAAUCGAGAAGAAACUGAACGAUAUAUCAAUGUGGUGGUGACAACAAACUACUGGAAAGGCGAAAAAGGCGCGGAAGUCAAGUUUAUGUAUCCGGCGUUGUACAGAACGAGUUGUUUGUUGGAUAUCAGAUUCUUCCCAUACGACCAGCAAGCGUGUAAGCUAACCAUAUCCUCAUGGACAUCAUCAAAAUCCGAUAUCAACUACGAACCUGAAUACGAAUCAGUCAAUAUGGACAAUUUCCUGCCGAAUGAGGAAUGGGUCGUUGUCAGUUUCAAUAUCAAAAGAGUCGAGGAGAAAUUCGUGUGCUGUCCUGAGCCAUGGGUCUUAUUGGAGGCUGUGUUGGUUGUUAGACGAAAGCCAUUGUAUUAUAUUGUAAAUUUGGUCAUACCCACUUCAGUUAUCACACUGGUGGCGGUCACUGGAUUCUUCACAGCGGCAUCGACUAGUUCAGAGAGACGCGAAAAACUUUCCCUUGGAAUCGACUCCCUUCUCGCCAUGUCCAUUCUAAUGAUGAUGGUUUCCGAACAAAUGCCAACAUCAUCAGAUUUCGUUCCUCUUUUCGGAAUAUUCUACCUAUCAAUCAUCUUUAUCAUCUUCAUAGGAACCCUCUUCACCGCCUUCAUCCUAAACGUACAUCUCCAGAAAAUGUACGCAAAACCAGUGUCGCCAAUCGUGUCAUUCAUAUUUUUUGGAAAAAUUGCCCAUUGGCUCCGAAUGCGUCCACCUACGAUGCUUUUGGAGUUGUGGAAUGAGACUGGUGUCACGUUUGGAAAGAAGGAUCAGAAAAAGCCGAAACGGCUGGAGAUCAAGAAUCAAAAGAUGCCAAAAGUGACGUCAUCGUCUUCUGGCUUGAAUUUGCUGAAAUCGGCUAGUGGAAGUGGAAGAGCACCAUUGGCAGCGCCGAUUAGUGCGAGGAGUUAUAUUAGCAUGGACGACAUGAAACGAGAAGCAGCACGACGGAAUUGGAGGCGAUUGGUGAAGAAGAUCAAUUCCAAUAAGCAGAAUGGUGUGAAAAACAACACUGGUGGCGAGCGAGGUCAACUUCGACAGGCGGGUCGUAAGAAGGUGCCAUCAGCGAUAGCGCUACCCCAUGGUGAACCGGGUCCACUGAUGUUGAGUGCAUCUGCAAUUUCAGCGUUUUCUGUGACUGGCAACGACGCGACGAUUUUGGAGAGCAAAUUGAAGAGGAGAUACGCGUUGGAAUGGGAAUACCUGGCAUCCGUCCUGGAUCGUGUGCUCCUCAUCGUCUUCUCCCUCGUCGUCUUCACCGUCACAUCAGUCAUGAUCCUGGUAGGAGAAGCUAUGCAUUUGUCAUACGAGCUUGCUGCUAAGGAGUUCUAA